AGACGUUCAGUUUUUUGCCGAUGAGCGUCAGACAGUCGCGGAAAGAUCAACAUUGGCGGAGUAGAGAAAAUUUGUGUUCAGAAAAAUAUUUAUUUAAAAAUUAUCAAAAUGACCAGUUUGGAGCUGGAUAAAAUAUGUCGCCUGUGCUGCGAGAAAAAAGGUCGCUUGCGGUCACUAUUCGAGCAACCGGGACAAGAAUCCGCUCGCUCGCUACAGGACAUCAUCUACGACCUCUCACGGCUUCGGGUGGAAUCCGGUGAUGGAAUGCCGCAAAAGAUUUGCCGUAACUGCGCUACCACGUUGGUGAAGAUGUACGAAACUAUCGAGAGCUACCGGGAUAACGAUUUGAGGCUUCGCCAGCAGCUGGGAGUGAUACCGAUGCCGCUGGUUGAGAUUAAGGAAGAGGAAAUAGAUGUGGACCUGCUGGAGAAGGCCUUUACCCAGGAACUGAAAGUUGAGAACAUUGCCAUCAAAGAAGAGAAUGUUCAAGUGGAAGAGGAAUAUCUCGACUAUGAGCAACUGGAAGAGAGUGGCGCAAAUGAACAACCGGAAAGCGGCUCCCCGAAGCAUGAGAACUCCGGAUAUGAAAGUACACUAGAUGCAGUGGAAAGCGACGAUGAAGAUUGGCAGCCCAAUAGGGAUGACAGAGAGGACGAUGAGCCUCUCGUGAAGGAGCACGCGAAAGUGAAGAACAGUGAAGGCAAAAAGGUCACUAGGAGGAAACGUAAACGGCGCAAUCCGGAUGAUCCUCCGCUGAAACCGGGCCGUAAGCGGAUAAGAGUGAGGGAUCCGAAUCGUCCCCGAUUGCACGACCACAAGUGUUACAUUUGUAAAAGUGAGCCUCACGUAACGGCUGAAGCUCUGAUUGCUCACCUGAACGAAAGUCAUGCGGAUAUAGUACCGUACACGUGUACCGAGUGUGUAACGGAUACGGUGGUUAUCAGAAGAGUAGAAGGCGUCAACUUCCACAAACGACAGCAUUUGAAUCCGGAAAAGUGUCCAUACUGUGACAAACGAUACUCCAGCAAGAACAAUGUCGAUUUGCACGUUCAGCUGCACCACGUAGGGGAGGGUGAUGUUCCUGUGGUUCCAUCCACUUGUGAGUAUUGUGGCAAGGUUUUCCCCUCGAAGGCAGCCCUGUUGACCCACGUCCGAAUACACACAUCUGCGGUGUCCUGCGAGGUGUGCGGGAAGGUCUUUGUGCAGCGGAACAAGCUUCGGUUGCACAUUGAACGCCGACACGAGAAGCUUAAAAACUACGAAUGCCACAUCUGUAAGAAGAAAUUGACCUCCCUGGGCGCCGUGGCAAGUCACAUCAAAACCUUCCAUACCAAUCAGAUAUUCAAGUGCAGUUACUGCCCGAAGACGUACACGUCGGAGUUGACCCACAGGUAUCACGAGAAGAAGCACACCGAAAACCAGGACUAUGUGGCGGCGAAGGACUGGAAGGAAUACUACGUCGUCCUGGACGGGGAACAAGGCAAGAAGGACAAGCUGAAGAAGUGCAACAUAUGUGGGUUCGUCACGAGAGGCAUGGGAACUCACCUGUCCACGAUUCAUUUCCCCACGGAGUACCGCUGCAAGCAGUGUGGAAUGACCUUCAAGCGCAAGCAACCCUUCGACAUUCACGUACAGGAGCACGAGUACGGUAAGGCCCAUCAUUGCCCGAUUUGUGGGCGGGAAUUUUCCGAACGGAAGAAUCUGCUGACGCAUCUGCGCACCAAAAAGCACAAGGAUCAUCCGCUGGCGCAGGCGGUGCUCAGGACUGUCCGGCCGACUUCCGGGCCCAGACCAAAGGAAAUUAGCUCGGACGUUCCGAUGAAGGAGGAGUCCCAGAUUGAGCUGGAAGUGGGCAAUGAUAGUUUCAUGUAGGUAAGACAUUUCAUUUACAUUGGACGUUAUUUUUUAUUAAACAUUGUUUGCUAAAUUCAACGGAAAUGAUAUGCGUUGAAGGCGAACUCACAGUCACAAUGGCAUGUAGGAAAAUACAUUAUUGAGCUGUA